UGUAUCCAUUUAAAAUGGCUGUUUAGUUUUCAAAAAAGUUUUAAAUAAAUUUAUAUUUUUUUAAAUUAAAAUUUAAUAUUUUUAAAUAAUUAAAAAUGGUGAAUAAAGUGUACAAAUUGGGUUCUCAAGUGAUGGAGAAGAAUGGCAGCAAACAUAAUCAAGUGUUGAUGUCUAUAGUUGUAUGCAUGCCGAUCCUGGCCUACGGAACAGCCAUGGGUUGGAUCUCCCCGCACCGGGCCCUGCUCACCGGCCCCGACUCCCCCGCCGGAGAGCCCCUGACGGACGACCACGUGUCGUGGAUGGCCAGCAUUAUGUUCAUCUUCGCGCCUAUCGCGGUGUUCGUGUUUGGGGUGGCGGUGGAUAAGUUUGGACGGAAGAGGGCGCUGUUGUGUGCUUCUGUGCCGAUUGCUCUGGGCUGGGCCGUGAAGCUGUCUUGCGCGCAGCCAGGCGCGCUGGUGGCUGCGCGUGCGCUGAUCGGCUUCGGCUCCGGCGGUGGCUUCGUCGUGUGCCCUCUCUACGUGAAGGAGAUCAGUGAGGACAGCAUACGAGGCAUGACGGGCACCUUCGUCAUAUUCUCACAGACAAUGGGGAACCUCCUAGUCUUCAUCCUGGGAGACCUGCUGCCAUUCCAGACGGUCCUGUGGAUCCUGCUAGCCAUCCCUCUGCUGCACUUCUGCAUCUGUCUGCGACUGCCGGAGACGCCGUCCUACCUCAUCAAAUGUGGGAGAAAUGAAGAGACGGCGAAGGUCCUGAGCUGGCUUCGAUCUCUACCAGAAGACGACAAACGAAUCAGCGAAGAGGUGGACCGCCUUAUCAUUGAGCAGACCACCAGUGAACCCAAGUUCUCACCGAAACUGUUAUUUACCGACAAAACAGCCGUCAAAGCGUUCUGGGUGGCGCUGAUCGUGAACCUAACCCGCGAAUUCUGCGGCUGCAUCGCCGUGCUGGUUUACGCAAGUCAUAUCUUCGCCGAAGCUGGCAAAGACGAGGGGUCCAGCAUCGCUCUGUCGCCGAACAAGCAGUCAAUCCUGUUGGCUGCUGUUCAGAUCCUGGGAUCUAUGCUGGCGUGUCAGCUGGUGGAUCGCGCUGGGAGGAAGCCACUGCUAGCCGUUACGAGUCUCUUCGCCGGCUUCAGCAUGUGUCUACUAGGCGUCUGGUUCUAUCUCCAAAGCAUCGGAGUGUACAUGGCGGGCUGGGUGCCCAUCGUGGCGCUUUGCGUAUGCAUCUUCGCUGAUGCGUCCGGCCUGCAGCCGCUGCCAUUUGUGAUUAUGACUGAGAUGUUCAACUUUCAGCUCCGAGGCACAGUAGCGACUCUCAUCAUGGCCAUAUCUCUCGGCACAGACUUCGCGCUUCUCAAACUGUUUGCGCCAGUUAUCUCGUGGAUCGGUUACCAUUCCAUCUUCUGGGUCUUCAGCUUUAUAUGUCUCGCAAACGUGUUUUACCUCAUCUGGUGUGUACCAGAGACCAAGAUGAGGAGUCUAGAGGACAUAUACGCGGAUUUGGAGGGGAAAAAGAGGACGAAAGAGGAAAAGGUCGUGGAGACUAAUCAUGUGUGAAUGAGGAGGGAAUUUGGGGUUCCUGAUUCACCGGAUUCUUGUUUAAGAGCACCUUAUCGCCAUCUUAAGAAUUUUGCAUAAAAAAAACUACAAAAAGAUGGUGAUUGAGAAGUGUGGUCUUUCUUGAGAACUCUGCACCAACGAAAAUGGAGGGUUAACCCACCGUUUUAUAUGGAAUUUGACAGAUGACAGCCCACUAACCCUGAGUUAAGUGGUUGGUGGACUUCCGGUUCGGGUGCCAUCUUAGCGGCAUCGUGUCGUGAAUAAUUUCUCCUUCUUUUGCUCAUUAAUGUUGUUUAAAGUGUAAUAUCGAUAGCUUA